UUUGCUUUGUCCCCGCUGGGGCCGAGAUCGCGCCUCGAAUCAUGUCCAGAGAAGCACCGCUCUCCAUUGCUGAGCGCGAUUUCAUCCUUGAUGCCUUGCGCGAGGGUGUGCGGCUGGACGGCCGUGAGCCCGACCAGCUUCGUCCAUUGAAUGUUUCCUUCGGAGAUGAAUACGGACAUGUGAAGGUGCAGCUGGGCAAAACUUGUAUUGUUGUCCGGAUUUCUGCAGAAGUAACGAAACCACGCGAUGAUCGGCCAUUCGAUGGUAUCUUCACAAUCGCCAUGGAGCUGACCGCUAUGGGAUCUCCCGCUUGGGAGAAUGGACGCCCAGGUGAACUGGAAACAUACGUGACACAUGUCCUGGACCGAGUUAUCCGUCACUCGAAUGCCCUCGAUACCGAGUCACUUUGCGUCGUUAAAGGCGUCAGUUGCUGGAGUAUCCGAGCGGACGCUCACGUUGUUGACUACGACGGCAAUUUGAUCGAUGCCGCCUGCAUUGGAAUCAUGGCCGGUCUGCAGCACUUCCGUCGCCCGGAUGCUGUCGUAAGAGAUGGGCAGGUAGUUGUCUACAGCCCUGAGGAGAGGGUGCCUGUGCCACUCAAUAUUACCCACAAACCGCUCUCGAUCACAUUCCAUACCUUUGAUGAGGGUAAACGCGUGAUUAUCGAUGCCACCAGGAAGGAAGAACAAGCAUCCGAGGGAGACGUUGUCAUCGGCGUCAAUAGUGCGGGAGAUAUUUGCUACAUGUCAAAAUAUGCAGGUGAUCCUGUCGAUGCUGUGGUCUUUGUGUCGAAGUCAUCUACGGCCAUUGACAAAGUCAAGGAGAUCAGCAGCAUUAUAGACAAGGCACUACAGGCCGACUUGACCAAGCGGGCCAAGAGUGGUCAGAUAGAAGAGUCCCGAGCAGAGAAUGAUCGAUGAGGUAACUCCUAGAUUCUGAAGCUUUUCUACGGAGUCCAGGGCAAUACAAAAGGGUUGAUGUAGGCUACGGUGUACAACUAGGAAUUAUAGUGUGUAAUUCACAACUGCGCAUUAAUGCUAUUGCCAUAAGAUGUGUGGGACAAGUCUUUCAAGUUGUCCCGAUCCAUCUGUGUUCAAAUAGAUACGCAUAGGAGUAUUGAGCCUUCGCAUACCAUCGGAGUUGGGGACUAUAACGAUACUACCUCCGCC